AAGAUCGGGGAGCGUCCGUCCGAAACAGCGGACGGACGCUCAGCUCAGUUGUGUGCAGACCGCACAUCGGGGUUGCUCGUAUCGCUUGCGCGAGCUUUGUAAUUAUUGUCACAUUCUUUCAGAUUCGUCCAUACGAUAUUCCUACGAUAUUACGAUAGAACAGAUCAAGCGCGAGCAACGACGGUCGUGCUCCGCAGCGAAGAGCUGUUGUUGCGUGUCGAGUAUCGGUAUAUGGCGAAAAUCCGGCAUAGCACGAGGGACAAUCGUCAACGGCGUAGUAGGAACUCUCCACAUUCUACAGCGUUGUUCGCUUCCGACGGUCGAGCGUGCGGUCGUCGAUCGAGCGAGACGCGAACUUGUCGAGUCUGGUUGCGGAUUUUAAUCCCGGCUCCCCGUUGUACCUCGUGGCGUCCCGCUGAGUGUCAGUUCGCCGAGCAUCCAUACGAGGAAGCACACGUUGGCCGGUAGACGAGCAGCGUACGAGCAUCAGGAACGACGCGGCACCUCCGGCCGCGAUUGACUACGAAUUCGCUGAGCGUAGGACGGAAUUAUGUGCGACAGCGAGCCACGCAGAGCUUGUUAUCAGUGUCGUAACGUAAUCGGCUGUUGGCCGAUUGACUUUUGAUACGAGCACAUGUGGAGAAUCAUCGUCGACAGUACCAACGGAUACGCAGCGAGGUAAUCGGCAACAGCACACCGUCGUCGCACAUCGUCAGUAACGAAAUAGAAUGAACGGAUUCAGCACCGGCGAGGAGGACUCCAGAGGAGCGGCCGAUCAGAUUUGUUGUCUCGUUGACGAGGGCGAGCGAUGUUCCCGCCCGGCUGGCAACGCGUCCUACAGCAAGCGAAUCCAGAAGACCGUCACACAACGACGGCUCAAGCUCAAUCUUGAUCACAUGGCACGUCACAUAUAUAUCUGCGACUACCAUAAACAAGUGAUUCAGUGUGCAAGAACCAAACAGCAACAGCAACGCAGACGAAAAGAUUCUGAAGAAGAUUCUGGUGAGACUGAUAAUGAUCUUCCAGAAGUUGAUCUAUUUCAAUUACAAGUUGGCACUCUGAGGCGAUACAAAAGGCACUAUAAGGUUUCUACUCGCCCAGGACUCAAUAAGGCUCAGUUGGCAGAUACCCUUAUGAAACAUUUCAAGACCAUCCCAGUUGUAGAGAAGGAAGCCUUGACUUUUUUCAUAUAUACAGUCAAGACCAAUGCGAACAAGCUUGAUCAGAAAAACGGUUUAAGUAGUAGCGACACAACAUAGCCCGACCAAUGGGAUUUCUCUAUCUUAAUAUUACUACUUAAUUAUAUAAGUUAUCUAAUAUCAUAUCCAUUUCUACUUGUUAAUAUAUACU